GUACCCAAGGCCUCUAUGAGGCAAAGUCAGCGCAGCUGAGCUCCGAAGCGGAUUUACUUCGUGCCAGCUCGGACAGCACCCACCACCAGAUCCAUGCAUACGAGGAGGCCGGCAACGUCCAAGCAGCAAAACAGAUCCAGACGCAGGCACAUGACCUUCUCGUACGGUCCCUGGAGAAGGAAACCGAGGCAGCCGAGGCCAUGGACGAAGCGCGACGCAUUGGCCUGAUGGUCCCCAAGUAUGCAGCUGCAGCCGCUGAUGCAGCUGCCAGGGCUUCGAUCUUGGGCUCUGAGAAGUGGAUGCCACCCUCGUACCAAGCAGCACCGGCAAUCAACGCCAAGCGGCUUCCAUUCCCAGCUGUGCCAAACGUGACUGGCCUGCUCGGCUUAGGGGUUGGGGGGUUUCUGGGGCCCAGUUAA